ACGAAAACGUCAAAAUUCAAAUAUGAAAUAACUGUUUUGAAAUUAACUGAAUUUUCUAUUUAAAAUUUUUAAGUCUAGAAUAAAGUGAAUAUGCUAGAUUAGAAUAAAGUAAAACCUGGAAUGAAGAUGAGAACGAAUUACUGUCGCGAUAUGUGGUUUGUGUGAUGAAAAUUUAAAUCUGUACUACUCUUAACUGAAAAAUUUAAUGAAUAUAAAAAACUCAAUUAAUCAAGCAAAUUGGAAUUGAGAAAUUCUUCUUAUGACAAUUAAUUUUGAACACCAUUCAACAAAUAUUGAAGAAAUGGAAAGAAGAGGAUAUCCUCUGCAUUUCUAAUGCACUCAAAUAUCUAAUUCCACAUGCUUUUAAUCUUACGUUGAACUUCAUCUAUUCACCCUUAUGGACUCGAUAGCUGAAUUCAGGAACAAAUUCUUUUAUCAUACUCCAUACAACCCCCGAAUAUAUCCUGAAAAAACUUCUAUGUGGGAUGAAUCAUUCUUUCAUCAUCGAUCGAAGAACUGACUUGACUCCAGUUCUCAUUCAGCUUCGAACAGUCUUGCGGAGCAGAACCCGUAUCACUAUUAGUAUAAUAAUUUUUGACAACCUCUCAUAAUAUUGUAUUAUCUGAGUGAAUCGAUUGUGUGGUAUAUUAUAUUGAUAUUUGCUUAUUGUAUUUUAAAAAAUGGCUGUGUUGUUCUUUUUCGGAACCAUGGGCUCCCAACAUGACUAAAACUUCGAAACUACCAAUAUCAAGAACCAAAAAAAGCACUGUGAACGAGAAAAAAAUCCCAAGGCCUUUUACAAGGCCUUCUUUGUACUCUUAACAUGUCCGACUGUGAGGAUGUGAACAACUCUUCGAAAGUUGGUUGUUCUGUCAACUCUUCACGUCUGCCCAAUGAGGGCUCGAAAUUUUACCUCACCUCCCCCCGACCCCCAGUUCCCGGCGAAGAAAGGUCCCAAUGUGUCUCGGAUUGGGGGCAACCUUACCAGAUGGACCUUGCGAAGAAACAAGAUGGAGAUACAAGGCCUCUUGCAAUACCUCCAAGAUCUGCUACGCCGAGCGCCCCUCCUCAACUGCCCCCGAAGCCUAAUGUUUCUCAAGCCGCGAAGGUGAAAAAAACCGUCCCUGUGGCGACUCCUACGAAGGACAAGGAAGCUCCCCCUACGCCUCCUUGCAUAAAAUGGGCGCAGUCCUUGCUGAAUCUACUGAACGACUCCGACGGGGUAGCUCAGUUUAUGGAUUAUUUAGAGAGCGAAGGCCCCCAUCACGCGGCUGCAUUGAGGUUCUGGCUUGCCUGUGAGGGUGUCCGGAAGCAAGACCAACAGGAUAAAGCGCAGCAAUAUGCUCAGGCUAUUUUCAGUUUUUUUGUACAGUCCCCUUUGCUACCCAUCGACGAACAUCUACGAGCCCAAAUAUCUGCCGCUUUGAAUUCAGAUGAACCACUGGAUAUCCCAGUUACAAUUUUCGAUGAAGCCCAGCUCCAGGUCGAGAACGAAAUUAACACUACCACAUAUCCCAACUUUUUACAGUCGGAAAUCUACCUCCAAUGCCUCCAGUCCGUACAAACCACACCUCCUGUUCCAUACGAGGAAGAGGCUGAAGAACCAAGCAGCGAAUGUUACUCCGUUAGGGAGUUCCAAGAGUUGGAGAACCUGGCCUGUGGGGUGGGAUCCCUCCCGACGCUCCACGAGGAUUUGGAAUUUAUCCCCAAACCUCUUAUGUCGUACUCCCAGACGCCGGGUACGAAUGCUCAAAGUACAGGGUGUCCAACGCCCAAUAUAAACCAGCCGUUGAAACUGACCAAAGAUUUGUUGCUGAUGUCUCAGCAACACCGCGCCGCGGAGUUGAGGCCUCAGUCCGAGGCUUACGCAAGCUUGUUCCUGUACCGCAAUAUGGGGGCGCACGCAGCUUACAAUAGUUACAAUCCUGUGUCGAGACAGGACAGCGAGAUGCAAUCUUUGAGCAGCCGUUCUGAUGUGAGGACAGAAUCUGAUAAUAUGUCGAUGACCGACAGCUCUGUCGAUGGAAGGACAGUGAGUAGGACCGUGAAGAGGAAGGCAGCCCUAGAAGCCAAACGAGCCAAAGAGUCCGCAGCGGUCAACAGAGAGACCCACAUGCAUCAGACCAUCAUACCGCGGACCCAGAGGUUGGACGCCAGAAAUGCGGAACCUCCCAAGGAUCCCCAGCAGUUUGCCAGCAUCCUCAUCAAGAAACUGGAGACGAUCAACGAGAAAGAGGUGGAAAUUGAGCUCGAGAGGAGGUUCAGACUGUUGGAGAAUGACUCGGUGUCGAUCCAAGAGGAUAAGCACCGUAUCGAACCUCAAUCCAGGGCCUUGGCCAACGUGCUCAAGGAGAAAUUGUUGCUGCUCCAACCUGAAGACGAUGACGAUCAAGAUAUCUUGGACCAACACGUUUCAAGGGUGUUCUCAGAUCUCACACCGUCCAGAUCACCAGGUGUAGCAAGUCCGAGACCCCAUUCUCCCCAUAGAAGCAGGUAUCCUCUGCCAAUGGUCAGGCCUAAACGCAGGGAUAAAGACGGUUAUUCGACGUUCAGCAGCGACUCCGGCAACGUGCACGACUUCCAAGAAGGCUCGGAACAUCGACUUUCUAUGGUCAAGUCGAAAUCGAUGCCGGAGUACGGCGAGGAACGUUUCGUGAGAAGCUCGGCCGGCAGGAGAUCGGCCUCGAAGAAGACCCUGACGGAUCUCACCGACAGCGGAGUUUCCGUAGUGUCUGACACCCCACCCGUGGUUCCUGCCGUCGUACCUGUGAUAGCUAAGGACAAUAGGGUUCUGGCGUGGCUGAUGGAGGCGGACAGGAGCACCAAGAGCCAGUCCGGGCCGCACAGCGAGCUGUCUUCCGGAAAACACAGGUCUCAUCGUUCUUCUCCAAUUUCUAGUAGGCACAGAGUCAAGGGUUUCGUCGGAUCCAGGUCUAAUUCCCUGGAGAGGGGCGCCGGCGCCGAAACGUUGGGGCCCACGCAACCCUUCAUCGCCGACCCGAACAUUCCGCUGCCUCCACUUCCAAACACCAUCAAUCAGUUGGAGGAGGCUCGUAGGAGGUUGUUGGACGAUGAUUUCAGGACAAGAUCCAGAGUGAGAUCUUCCACUAAAUACUACCCGGACGUGACUCAAAGUGGACAGUCUACCCUCCGUAAGUCGACUAGAGGCGUACGCCCAGCCGUGCCAGGAACUGGAGCUGCGACACCUGACGAAUAUACGACAGUGGUGUUUUCCUAUGCUGACGAACAGUUUCCUUACCGAAUAAAAAUACCAGGCUCUCAGGUCACUUUCAGACAGUUCAAGGAAUAUCUCCCGAAGAAAGGAAACUACAGGUACUUCUUCAAGACUGUUUGCGAGGAAUUGGACAACCAGGUGAUCCAGGAGGAAUUAAACAAGGAUUCCGACAUUUUGCCUUUGUGCGAAGGCAAAGUAAUGGCUUUAGCGAAGCCGAUCGACUGAUUAAAACUUAACAUUCUGCGAAGAAUGCGUACUAUAUAUAGAGGAAAGAGUCUUCUCGAAAUUUUAUUCUAUUUACUUAAUACGGCGGUUUUUCUACCAGAUUGUCUGGAUUUUAUUUAUUUUAUUGUAGACGCGUUUGAUGAUAUGAAAUUUGAGAUAUAAUGAAAAUAUUUUUAGUAUUCGGAACGGUUUGGCCUACACUUGUAUGAAUUUAUAAAAUUUCAUUUUAUUUAUUUAUUGCACUGAUGUCGGGGUUUUCGAAUUUCGGAAAUAAUUUCACUGCCAGUUAGUAGUUAAUGCAAAGGGUUAAUAUCUCCUUAGUUUAAGAACUAAAUCAAAAAAUAAUUUAUUUAUCGCUUUGAAGUAAUAAUUUUAAAAUUUCAAUUCUGUUUGGAAAUAUUUGUAAAAAAUUUUAAAACGAUUCUAAGUAUAUAAUCCAAUGAAUUAGGUGCGUAAGAAAGUGCCUUUUUGAUGUUCUUACUUCAUCAACUAUUUUGAAAUCCCGAUGAAACGUUCAUAGUUAGAAGUUUUAUCUGGAUUCUCAAUAACCGUUGAGAUUUUGAAACAGAUCGGUAUUUUUGGUAUGGAAUACCCAGUUAGAUGUUUUUAUAAAGUGAAAAUUUUUGGCAGCUUAUCGUGAAUAGUGUAGAGUUUUAUUUCGAUAGAAUAGUUUUCAUAUACCUCAUUUUUUUAUUUAUGUAAUAUUUGUAGAGGACAUUACGAAACUGCAAUUCUUAAAAUAAAAAACGGAUACUCAUAAAAAUCUUCUUCAAUUUAUAACGAGUCAGUUAUAAAAUACAGUUCUGGUUUUAGGGAACAAAAUGUACAAACCUCAGCGUGUUUUCAUUUUCAGAAUGUCGAUCAACUAAUUUUGUAUUAUAGUAAAUUAUGAAUCUGUAGAUAGUCAUAUUUUGAAUACUUAUUUUUAUAAAGUAUUUUUAUUUCGUGAAUCGACAGUAUUUUAUAGUGUAAGAGGAUUUCAAAAUUAAUUUUACUCUUGUUUAAAUUGAAAAUUAGUAGUGCCAUAUUUGUAAUUUUCAGUUUGUAAUUUAUUGUGAAUGGCAGGCAUAUUUCGGCUCGACAAAAAAAAAACAGUUAGAAAAAUAUAAAUAUUUUUAUUUGUAAAUAUUAACAUUGUACACACAAAACCCAUUGUCUCUUAUGUUGUUGAAAAAUAAAUUAGUAUUUUAUA